AUGGAGACCACACGAUUAGAGCUGACUCCUCCACCUCUGCACGACAUCGCCGCAGUUCUGCAAUGUGCACUGCGCAAAAACUACACAACGGCCUCGUCGACAGUCAUCAAAUGCCCCGACCUGCGCCAACCACCGUUCAAUCUAGCCUGCGAAGGCCUUUGCGGCUCAGAGGUAAUCGCCGACAUAGGUGGCCAGGCACACCUCUUCCCUCAGCCACGGCUAGACAAAAACUAUUCCCUGAUCGAGUGCGCGAAAGCCAUGGGCAUGACACCAGAGAAAGGAUCGCUUAUUGGGACCGGUGCUGGUCCGCACCAUGACGGAUUUGAUAACGUGAAUAACUUGACGAGAUCGGCUAGACUCAGUAUUACCAACUCGACUGAAACCCAGGGCCGUGCUAUAUCCGCCGCUGAAUCUGGGCCAGUGGUUUGCCCCUGCUCCAGCACCGCAGAGUUCUCGCUCAUGAUGAAUGUGUACGGCUCACAGGGGCUACCGGGGGAUGUCGUGAGGGUGACUGCGCGAGGGCGCAGGGGCUCGAUAGCCAGCUUUUCGGAGUGCAUCCGCCGUGCGCUCCGGGCGGGCUAUGGUGAAAAGCGUCAAGUUUCCCUGGGAGGAGUAUUUCUCAUCAAACAAGGGGCCGCAAGAUUCCAUGUCAUGCCACCUUUCCCGCCCCGUGAUGAGUUACCGUUUACAAGCCAGGAAGCGCUGGAUGGAUGGUUGUCCUAUCACACUUUCUCCGGGCCCAUGGUCUGUCUGUCGAUAUUGCAUUCUGCGGAUCCGGAGAAUAUAGGGGUGAGAUUGGAACACACUCACUGUUUUAAUGAGAGAAACAAGGGUGGGCAUUAUCAUUAUGAUGUUGAUGCUGGUGGCGAGGAGGUGGUGGAAUAUGAGGGCUAUUUCAAUGUUGCAAAGGAUUUUGUACAAAUAGACAAGCCCGUAGCUGUUUGA